UAUAACGUGUCUGAGUGUGUAUGACAAGGUGGGUGAUUAAAGGUUUCAUCUUUGCUUGAUUUCUGGACACUUACCGUAGCUAAUCAUUGAUUCAAUUUGAGCUUUGCUUGAUUUCUGGACACUUACCGUUGCUAAUCAAUGAUCCAAUUCGAGCUUACUUGCGAUUUGCAUGAAUGUAAGGCUCAAUUAGAGCUUAGUUUGAUUUCUGGACACUUACCGUUGUUGAUCAGUGAUUCAAUUAGAACUUACUUGCGAUUUGCAUGAAUGUAAGCAGUUCAGCUAUUGUGAAAAUGGAUUUGGGAGGACUAAAUUGUUUGAUCCUUUUUAUGCUGUUGUUCAAGUGUUGGGAGGUGGGAUUAAGCUGUUUCUUUUAUGCUGGCCGCAGCUCAGUCUUUUACCUAGUGGUUUUAAGAUGGUGAACUUUAUUAGCUAUCGGUCUAGCACUUUCAUACCAAUGGGUAAAUGCUUUCCUCUUCUAAGCCAAUACUGAUACAAGGCUCAUCUAAUUACCUGCUAUGUAUGGCUUAGUUUGUUUGCAUUUGUUUGUCUUCUACUGCUUUGUGUUAGCAUUUGUGUUACCAUAAAUUAAGGAUACAAGCCAGUUCAUCUGGUCUCCCUCAUCUUCAUUUUGCAGCAAAAACAAAAAAAAAAAAAAAAAAAAAAAAAACAACUACACACACCAUAGCAUAGUCCCAUGGAGGAGGUUAUAUUAGAGAGUUAUGAGCUUGCAAUGGGUGGAGGUGCAGGUUCUCCUGUGGGUGGUCCUGGCACUCGAAAAGUGUCUAUUUCUUUUUCCUGCCUGCUCCAGCAAGUUGUGGAGUAUCUGAAAAUUCCUCAGCCAGCUUACUACUUGGUUGAUGCAAGGAAGAAUGCUGUGAAGCUUGUCUUGGAGACUGACCCAGGCUUGGGUUUCUAUGUUUAUGAGGGUGGCCCAGCUAAAACAGUAGGAGAAUCGCGUGAAAUAGCUGCUGAAAAAGGCGUUCGUUCACUUAGGAUGGAGUACAACAUUCAGGUUGAGGACUUGACUUCUAAGAAAAUUAAGAAGCUCCAACGCUGUGAAUUUCUCUACCAGAUGAAACGCAUUAAGCUCGAGUCAAUGGAAAGGGAGGCAGGGAAGGUGCCAGUCAAGUGGCCAGAUGUGCCAAACCACAAGCGCUGCAAGAAAUAUGUGUGCAUUGAUUACAUGGAUGUUCUGCGCACUCUAACUGUGGAGACUAAAGCACGUGUUUCGGCUGUGAACACUUUCAAGCUAGGACCAGAAAAGUUUAUUUCAUGGCUUACGAUUUAUGCUCCUACAAUUGCUACUGGAAUGGAAUGCGUUUUUAGUGCUGCUCGUGCUGACUGCAAGGCUACCAAACAAGAGGCUGCUAGGAGGGCUGUAGAUUUCCUGCGCACUGCAUACAAUCUUGACAUAGUUGAUUUGAACUAUGGCAAUGGGGUUUAUGCUGGUAUUAAGUGUUCCUUGGCUAGGGAAAGUUACUUAGUGGCUAAAGAACGUGUAUUGGGGAUUCAAGGUGCUCUGCACUUAGCUCCUUUUUUAGGUGAAGAUGGCUGCAUAACACCUAAGUCUGCUGUGCACAAGAUUCCAACACCUGCUCUUCCUCCACCUCCACCUCGCAAGCCAAAAGCUAGGCCAUCUUUUAGUGACCGCUUCACUCAUGAGCCAUUUGCAGUGCCUCCUGAGUUGGACACCUUGUUUAAGCGGAGGAAGUUUGAUUAGGGAUCAGAGUGAAGCUACAUAAGACCUUGUUUUGCUGGCUUACAUGUUUUGUUUGUGUGUUCCUAUAGGGCCUUAGAUAUGGCAUAUUAGCUUAGUGUGCUGCUUGUAUUCCAGCUUAUUUUGUACUGCUUUAUGUGUUAGUUUUAUUGGCAAGACAUGGUGGAUGUUUUCCCAAAAUAUAAUGUACUCCAGCCUUUUGAGCUUUGAUUAAUGAAGUCUAAUUUUCUUGCCA